AUGUGGAGCAUCCUGGUGAUUCUUUUCUGGUUUUCAACUCUAAUUAUCAAAGCUACCCCACCAGUAUGUGACUUGCUGUUUGUCCUGAGGAAGGAAGAAGAACUCUGUGCUGAGAUGCUGUCCCAGGAAGGACAGAACAGAACAUCUGAAAAUGACCAGUUCAUGAGUUCAGGCAGAUGUGCUGGAAUGUGGGAUAACAUGAGCUGCUGGCCUUCUUCGUCAAUUGGACAGACUGUCAAUGCUCAUUGUCCAGAAUUCUUCCAAAUGCUUACUGGAAAAAAAGGUUUUGUGCAUCGAAACUGCACCAGUGAAGGUUGGUCAGAGACAUUCCCGAGAACUGAUGUUGCUUGUGGCUAUGACUUGAACAACACUGCCAAUGAGGAGAGACGUAUCUACUUCAUGAAACUGAAGACCAUGUACACAGUUGGAUAUAGUACCUCCCUUGGGACUCUGACAGUAGCCUUAGGAAUCCUGGCCUCAUUUAGAAGACUCCGUUGUACGAGGAACUACAUCCACAUGCAUCUGUUUACAUCCUUCAUUUUCCGAGCCUUGUCAAACUUAAUCAAAGACGCCGUUUUGUUUUCUUCUGAGGACGUUAACUACUGCGGGGCACACACGAUUGGGUGUAAACUCGUCAUGGUCUUCUUUCAGUAUUGCAUCAUGGCUAACUACAGUUGGCUUCUUGUGGAGGGACUGUAUCUCCACACCCUUCUGGUUGUUUCUUUCUUCUCGGAAAGGAAGUUCUUCUGGUGGUUCAUCGCCCUGGGAUGGGGCACCCCAACCAUAUUUGUUAUAGCAUGGUCCGUCACCAAGCACCUAUGUGAAGAUAUAGGGUGUUGGGACAUUAAUACCAAUGUUGCUAUCUGGUGGAUCAUUAGAGGCCCUGUAGUCCUGUCUAUUUUUGUUAAUUUCAUUCUUUUUGUAAAUAUUUUAAGAAUCUUAAUGAGAAAGCUCAAAUCGCCAGAAGGAAGGGGAAAUGAUUUCAACCAAUACAAGAGACUUGCAAAAUCGACACUCCUUCUCAUCCCCCUUUUUGGAAUUCACUAUAUCAUCUUUGCUUUUUUCCCUGGGGACGUGAACAGCGGCACGAUGGAAAUUCAGCUGUUUUUUGAAUUAGCACUCGGAUCAUUCCAGGGCUUUAUUGUGGCUGUGCUGUACUGUUUUCUCAAUGGCGAGGUUCAAUUGGAAAUUCACAGAAAAUGGAGGCAAUGGCAUUUAAGCCAACACGUCCACUUGAAUCAGCACCUUAACUCUUCAUCCAGUAACGGAGGAAGUGGUUUCACCCAGGUGAUACAGAUGAUGAAGCCCAGCCCUCAAGAGCAAAAGAGGCAGACUAUCCAGAAGUCAAGUGUAAUUUAGCAAAGUGCAGUCCAGGGCUACUUCUGUCCUAAAAUAUACAUGGGCAACUCCCAUGGGCUGCACCAGGAACUUCCUGAAUGUAUCCGAAAGCAGAACUUGGCUCUCAGUCAACUGUUCUUGCAGCAGAUCUGUUUGUCUAUAUCCUGUAUAGCGGUAUUACUACUAUGGUUAUUUUGCAAAGAUUCUGCUCUCCGCCCCCCUCCCCUCCCUUUUCUGGUUCCAUGACAACUAAAACCAGAUUAUAUACAACAUUCAUUGUACCUACAUUACUUGGAGGUACUGAGAAAGCGUCUGGAGCAAAAGCUGCAAACAUUUGAAAGGAGGUGCCUGGGUCAUAUCCUAGGAGGGACAAGGCUAGAUAAACUAGGAAAUGGUGACAUCUGUAGCGCUUGACAACAUUCAUUAAAGAGCACCGAUUACAGUGGAUUGGCCGUGUUGCUAGAAUGACCCCGCACCAACUGACUAAAACUGUUCUCUAUAGAAGAGUGCACAGUGAGAGGCUGUGGACAUCCAAGGAGAGAGUGGUAGAACACAGGGCAUAAAACCAACCAGCCAACUACCCAAGAGGCUUCAAAUGGCAGCUCAAACCAGACAUCGAUGGAAUCUUCUCAGACCCUCAGCCCUACCCAACCGUGCUGCUGGAAAAAGGAGACAAUGAUGACGAUUUCCACCUUGUGUGACGAGUCAGCCUUGAGUUACCUCUGAAACUGAGCUUGCUUAAACCUAAUCAGUCAUCCCUGAGCCAGAGAGUGUGAUGAGUCAUCAGAGGCAAUUACCUGCAGGUCUUGUGAUAGGUCCCAGGACAUUCAAACAGGGUUCAGCCAAUCCACAGGUGAGGAUCACGGCAGGUAUAUAGGCCCCUAAGGGACACAGUCUCUCCAGUCUGCUCAGUGUCACUACCUGGCUGGGAUCAUUCCCAUAGCCUUGUAGUUCUGUGUUGCCGACCAGGCCGUGGGCCGUCAGGCCUAAUGGUGAGGGCGAGAGUUCAUCCUACCAAUAAGAGCUGGGUCCCAGGUGGAUGGAGGGUCACUACUGGAGAGACAGAAGCCAAUUGCUAUAACUAAAGGGCCUGGUAUCAUGCCCUGAAUGGCUGUGGGGCCCAGGCUCAUAAACAGGACUGUUAAAGCAGCAGGCCUUUGGGGCUGUGGCACUGUGAGUUCUAAGGUGGUGCAGUGAAGCUCACUGGUUGCCUACCAGCACGAUUAGUCAGGGAGCAGGCCAGCAUCUGUUCCUGGCCGGUCUGGACCCUGACAUUCUGACAGACUGCUCCUGCUCCAGCUAGUCAUCACCCCUGCUUCAGUGCCUGUUUCUAUGCUAGCUAGACUCUGCUCCUGCCUCAGCUGGGUGCCUGGUGCUUCUGACACCUUGAUACACUCGGUAAUUCCUUCUUCCUAUAACAUGGCUUCCUUCCACUCCAUUGUGGCUGCAUUGGGCUCAUCAUUAUAAAAUGUUUCAUAUUUCUUUUUCUGUUGAAGGCUGGACUGUAGAUUUGAUUCUGCUUUGCAGGAUGAAGGUUGCACAAUGUAUUCUAAAGCACCAUAUUAGUUAAAGAUGUAGAAUUUGUUGUUUAACCCUUUGUUUCAACCUUUAAAACUUGUCUGUCUUUAAAAUCUCCCAAUUGUAGGUGAAAUGUGCUGGGAAGGCUAGGGCUCGGUCCAGCUGUUGUUUCUGUCCUAGCUAUACAAUGGAUACAUUGUAGGUUUCAAUGGCAUCAGAAUAUAUGGGAACAGUUUUCUUCCCUUCGACUGUUCUAACAAUGCAGUUAUCAGAAAACAACACAAUAGUAUUGUCUGGGUUAAUAUGAUCACUUGAACUGGUAGAAGCAGAGACCCAUUCUGACAAGUUCCCAUACUAGU